AUGACUGCUACUUUUAUAAUUGUAUUGAUUAUACUGUUCACUUUUCUUAUACAAAUCAAACCGGUACAAACUAUUACUUGCUAUACAUGUAUUGAUUGUGGUGAUCCGUUCGAUUCUAGUUCACCUAAUGUUAGUCAAAGUUUAGCAUCAUGCUAUUAUUGUUAUAAACUAACUGUAUUUAUGGCCUAUGCUCCACGUUAUGUUAUUAAAGAAUGUGUUCAAACAUGUACUCCAACAAAUGGUAUAUGGGGUGGUUCAUCUCUUGAAAUAGAUUGUUGUACAUCAUCAUUAUGCAACAAUGCAUUAGGAAUAUAUUUUCAAUAUACAUGGAAAAAUCGAUUUUUGUUUACAAUAAUUCCAAGUCUUUUUAUAACUCUUUUAUCCACAAUAUAA